AUGCAGAUCCUGAGGUGCCCAGCCCAGCUGCAGCUCCUGGAGGAGACCCUGCGGAAGAGCCUGCCCACCACCCUGCCGGUCCUGGGGACAGUGAUGACGGUGGCCAGGGGGAACCCGGCCUCCCACGAGGUGCUGGUGGACUCCUGGCCCAAUUUCAGCAUCGUCCUGACCCGCCUGCGCCCAGAGGACCACAGGGACCCCAAGGACUACUACACCAACCAGCUGUCCGUGUUCUACCGGGACAAGGGAGCCCUGCAGGCACUGCUGGAGGGCACUGAGGCCGUGACCCGGGAAAGAGCCUUCCAGAUUCUGGGGAUGCAGGAUGGGCUGGACCAGGCCGUGCAGGAGGCGGCCAGUGCCAGGGGCUUGAAGGUGGAGAUGAUCCAGUACCGGGCACUGAUGAGCCCUGAGCCCCCCCAGCCCCGCAAGCAGAUGCCCCCGGGCCUGCGCCUGGCGCCCGUGUCUCCAUCCCACAUCUCUCUGCUCAACGCCACGUGGGCGCUGGGGGGCAAUGCCCGCAGCCGGGCGUUCCUGCUGGGGCUGGUGCGGGCACUGCCCUCCGCCUGCCUGCUGGGCCCGCGGGGCCGCCCGGUGUCCUGGAGCCUGCUGGACGGGCAGGGCUGCCUGCGCCACGGCUACACCGUGCCCGCCUGGCGCGGCCGCGGCCUCACCGGGCUCCCGCUGAACGCGCUGGGCCGGGAGCUGCACGCCCGCGGCUUCCCCAUCUACUGCGCCGUGCUGCCCCACAACACGGCCUCGCUGCACGCCCUGCAGGCCAUCGGCUUUGAGCCCCAGCCCGGAACCUUCCACAUGAUCCUGGGCACCCCCAAGUAGUGCCCAGGGAGGGGAGUGCCUGUCCUCAGGGUGGGGUUACCUGAAUCCCCACCCUGCGAGAAAGGGGAACACCCCAAUGCCCACACUUGGAGCCCUUCACCCUGAUUCCUGCUGAUGGCACUGACGGGAGCAGCCCAAAUUCCACACGGAGCCGUGACCAGGGUGCAGCACGGGCGAGGCGGGGGGCUGGAGAAAGGCUUUUAUUCGUUCAUACAAGAAUAGAUCUUCUGCAAUAAAUACCCCAAUAAAUAAACAUCUCCAAUAAAUAAACACUCACAGACGCACCGGGACAGCGGCCGCGCCCCACGGCCUCGCCCCACCGCCCAUCGAUGGGCACCCAUGGGGAGGCGGGGCUUGGGUCAGGGGGCGGGGCCUGCGGCGGGGAGGAGGCGGGGCUUGCUACACAGGCGAGUGGGAGGGGCUUAUUGCCGUAUGGGGCGGAGCCUAUUGCUCCGGGGGCGUGGCUUGCUGCUGGCUGGGGAGGGGGUUAUUCCUAUGCUCAGAGCGCGUUGGUCCUUUUUGGGAUGGGCGGGGUUUUCACCCACUCUGGAGAUUUUAGGGAUGGGGACAGGCACACUGGGGCUUGGGGACCAUGGAGGGGCACGUGAGAGUCAGGACACCUGUCCCUUAAGACACAACCUAGUGACGGAGGGGCUGCGGGGUGACUGUGGUGGCACUUAGGGGUGAGGAACCCCACCCCUUAAGGCACAGCUGGGUGGUGAUAAGGAUAUGGGGUGGCUUUGGCAGCACUCCAGGGUCAGGAGACAGUUUUGAAGGGACACUGGUUGUGAAGAGGGGACAUGGAGUGGUUUUGGUGACACUUGGGGUCAGGAGAUGCAUCCCAUACAGCAGAGUGUGGUGACAGAGGGGAUGUGAGGUGGCUGUGGUGGGUGGCACUUGGGGUCAGGAGCCCCUGACUUAAGGCACCAUGGUGAAAGUGGGAUUGUGAGGUGGCUGUGGGGGCACUUGGGGGUCAGAAACCCUAUUUCUCAAAGCACCCUGGUGGUGGACAGGGAACACCGGGUGGCAUGGUGGCACUUGGGGUCAGGAACCCUGUUCCUUAAGGCACAAUAUGAUGAUGAUGAUGAUGAUGAUAAUGGAGGGGCGGCAGGGUGGCUGUGAUGACACGUGAUGUCAGGAGCCCCAUCUUUCAAGGCACUGCCAGGUGAUGAUGAGGUUGUGGGGUGGUUUGGGGUUUGGAGCCCCAUUUCUCAAGGCACACCAGUGGUGGAGAGGGGACCUGCGUGGCCGUGGUGGCACUGGAGCCCAGCAGGUGCUCAGAACCCCCUCGCCUCCAGCCGUAGGGUGACCACAGCGGGCGGCACCUUCUUCUUGAGGCGGUUGAAGUCCUUGGCCGAGCGCCAGAGCCAGGUCUGCAGCUCCUUCA